CUGCGGUGUCUUGCAGAGCCCUGGUGUGAUUUAUUUUUAAUGCUGCACGUCUAGCGCUCCCUUCACCUUUCUCACAGCUCCGCUUGAGCGAUGUGGUUCUGCAGCCUGUACGUUCGUUCCCCUGCCUCUUACGCGUGGUGUUCACCUCCUCGGUGUCUGCUGUUUCCCACCGUCCUCGCACAGCAGAUGUUCUCUGUUACAACGCAGAGCGGGCACGGUAGCUCCAGCAACUUGUUGCAACACACUUGUUGCUAAAGCGCAGCUGUUGCUAGCGCAGCUUUUCUGACAAGAGCAAGGAGAAGUUUGGGCUGCCCGACUUUCUCUGGCCCUUGCCCACGGGCCAGCCUUUCUCAGUGGUUGUGCAUGCAGCUAACCUGCUCAGCACCCCUGCAGGAAGCUGUCACUGCUGCAGGCUUCCUCGUGCUAGUUCCUUGCCUAGGAGGGGGUGAAAGGUGUGUGCGUGGCUGAGGAAGGACUCGGCCACGAUGAAAAGCUUUUAGUCAGUUCUCCUGCUGUGUUUUCAGCCAAGUUCUCGAUCUGGGGCUCGAUUAUUCGGUGAAUGCGUUUCCAUUUUGAUUAUAUGCUUGGGAAGGCAUGGUAACGACGAGUGCUUUGUGUGACGGGGUGCCCCAUGUUACCUGGGGCUCAGAAGCAGAAGUCAGGUGGGGAAGGACAGCGAGCAGAGCACAAAUUACCUUGCAGCAUGGUACCAUGGCUCAGGAGAGCUUCUGCUUUGCUCCCACCAAGCACCUGAGCUGGCUGCAGAGCAGGCUCCUGAUGCGGGGCCAGGUAAGUGGUGAACAAGCCCCAGAUGUCUGUGCUGUACGAGGGGGAGGAGGCAGCACUGAUCCUGCCACGUUGGUGGGAGAUGUUAAUCACCAGGAGGUAAAUAACCUGCCUGCCGAGGCCUGGGGGGGCUGUUGGCUUCAAUAACAUAUCGCAUGCUGCGGGUUGGCUGUAGAGAGGCUAUUCCAAAAGGUGUUUGCAGGGCUGUGGAAGCGGCUUUAUGAAGAUGAAUGGACUCACCAGCCAUGAGGGAAUUGUGCAGCGUUCCCAUCGGCUAACAAGGAACUGAAAGCUGCCGGCAGCCUGGGGAAAGCGCAGCACAAGGAGCUGAGCAAGAGAAAAGCAUCUCUGGGCUUGUCACACAGGACAGAAAUGACCCUGCAGGGCUGGGGCAGGGCAGCCAGGACAAGCUGCAUGAGCCCAGGACCCCAGGCCCUGCAUCCCUACACGCCAUCCCUACAGGAAAUAGGGCAGGCUGGCUGGAUCUGGCACUGCCGGCUGUGCCAUCUCCCUGUCUGCCUGUGGGACACGAGCAGCAGCUGCUUGAAGGCAGAAGCUGGGGAAGACAGCAGCAGCCCGGCCCCAGGUCAAGUUUUACCAGCAACCAUUUGUCCCUGAAAUUAAACAUCUGAGCAUGGCCAGCCAGCUUGAGGAAAAAGAAAUGUAGUCGAGGCCAAGACUCAGAGUGGAGAGCUGGGAGAUGCAGAUUCAAGCCCUCAGCUUUGGUUAACAGAGAGCCAGAUUCCCUCUCCCUCCCCAGGGCUGCUCUGGGUAUGGCAGGGAGCGUCCCCAUAACCCCAGCGAUGUUCUCCCUGUGCUGCAGCACUGCGACAGGAGGUGGGAGCUUGCUUCGAGGGUGGGUGCCUGUGGCUGCUCCUGCCUUGUAGGAAGUGCCAUGAUUGAUGAGCACGAGCAGGACAUGAAACCGGGUCAGACGGACGGGUUGGGAGAAACCCCAUGAGCUGCUGUGGCCAGGAUGCCAUCAGCAAACCCUCGCACCAGGCAGUGUGGGGGUGUUGACCUUGACGGAGCCACGGUCUGUCCCCGGGGUAAGAAAAGCUCUUUGCUUUGUCUGCGGUCGGCCUGAGGUGUCACUGCGCUGUCGGCAGGGGUUUGGGCUGUCUGACAGUGCCCUAGCCUGUGGUUUGCGGUGCGCUGCGUUUGCUUCAAACUCCCUACUCUAGAGUGUGCUGUUCCCUUUCACAAGACGCUCGUGCUGCUGGCUCCAGGCUCCUGGGUCUCUGCUCCCACCACAGGGUAUGGCUGUGGUGCAGCUCUGCCCGUGUGGGGACGCAGGUUGGGGCUCAGCAUGGAAGCCCAGGCCAGCCCAGUGAAGGAGAAACCAUACAGCGGGCUGUGCUUCGGCCUGUAAUGCCUGCCCUUGGGGCAGGGCUAUGCACUCCCAGCAGUGAGAUGUGGUCACUCAGCAGAGGCUGCCAGAGUGAAUUAGGGGCUAAAAGCACCUAACUGGUCUUUGGGGUGAGGCGGGUUUAUGGCUGAAAUGGAUGGAAGGUCUCCACGCAAGUCCCUCCGACCCCACAGCGAUGAGGAGGGUUGGUAGGGCUGCAGCAGCACGAACGGUUCCCCGAAGGGCCUGAGGAAGCACCAGCAGGGAUUAUACAAUUUGGGAUUUCCUCCUAAGGCUGUUGGGGUGUGCAGGACAGCUGCUGCCAUGGGAAGAGGGAAGCGGGCACCCAGCUGCGCAGGAAACUGAGGCCGGGGUCAGGUGAGGGGACACAGGGCCCUGGUGCCACCGGUGGUGACGCAGGGACCGCAGGUGGUGGCCAGCGGCCUGUGUAACCAGCAGCAGUGCUUGCUGGUGGGGAACACGGCUAAACCCUUAACCCACAUGAAGUUUUCAAGCGAAACACGUGGAGGAGUGAGGGGGCUGGCCCUGCGAGGUGUGCCCACGGAGCUGAGCCAGGCCGGCUGGCCAGCAUGUGCUGCCUGAGCAGAGUGGACUCCUCCGGGUCAUGCCCCAAAGUCUUUUAUUCUCCAGAUUCUUUAAUUCUUUCACCAGUAGAUCAGAUGAAGACAUUAUUUACUUCUUCUUUUUCUUCCCAGUGGCAGCACAGCUCGUGAGGAGGAGCGCUUGGUGGCAAAGCAUUGGCAGGGCAGAGGGGCAGCAGUGAGGGCUGCUCCUGGCCCCAAGCCCUCACCAACCAGCCCUGAGUCACGCUCUGACAAAUGUCAAGGUGUGGUUUAAAGGCCGAGUUGUUUUCUUUUUUUUUUUUCUUUAUUCUUUUUGAACACAAGCCUCUUUUAUCUACCCCUCGGUAGUCAAGCUUUUCUGCCUAAGCAGACUGGAAACUUCUCACCAGACCUCUUUCUCACGAUGCCAUCUCAUUUCGGCACCACGGGUGGUCAGAAAACAAAGCUGGAGCUGCAAGGGCUGGCAGAAGGCACCGUGGUGGUGAGCUUGACACUCCUCUGUGGCCCUGCUCACACAGCAAUGCUCGCUGGCCAGCUGGCUGCCCACAGCCAGAGAGUUUCCCAGAAGUGGAGACCUCAGUGCUCCCCACAGCAGCCUCCCCAACUGUGCUUGCACCGAGGCGGUCGCAUCUUCUCAGUGCUGUGGUCGAGAGGCAUGCGUGGGCUCGUGAGGGUCGGUGACACAUGGAAAUGUGCUGCUACCAUCCUCGGAGCUGCUGCUAUCAGCACGGGGCAGCACGUGGGCUGCUGCAGGUGCUCCUGCCUCCAGGUGCUUCUGCAGCAUUGCUGCCGGGGCUGCUGAUUUUGCAACAUCCUGCCACCAUCACCCCCAGAUGUGACUACUGAGGUGCACACAGCUCUCAGUUUAACAGCUCCCUCAAGCCCCUAGGACCUGCUAGUCCCCAUUGCCUGUUGCGGAAGAAGAGCAGGGAGGCACAGGAGAGCGUGCACAUCGCAGCAAAACUCUGCUUACCUGGUACAAAGCAGCCCCUCCUUGCUUGUGACAAGCAGAUUUGUUGCUGUUUUGCAAACCAAACAGCAGGUCCAGCCCAUGGGGAGCUGCUGAUGGCUCACACACCAGGUUGUCCCCGAGCCCAGCAUACCCUCCCUGCUGACCCACUGCCUCCACUGCUUGUCUGCAUCGGGGGGAAAAAGGAGACAGGACUAAAGCUUCUCCCCUCACAAUCUGCUUUCUGCAAGCAGACAGGUUGUGAUUUCCUGCUAUUCUCACGAGAACCAGGACCUAAAGGGAAUACACCAGCUGGUGAGUGCCUGACCCGUGGCACUUUUGUCCCCACAAGGUCUCCAGCAGCUUCGUCUCAGUGGCGGUGACUGCAACGCACCCAGGUGGGCUUUGCAAAUCUCUUUCCUCCGGAGUGCAGUCAGCGGGGUGCAGAGCAAGUGGGCAGGAUGGGGGUGGACCUGCAGGUGGUGGGGAGAGGCACGCGAGUCCCAGCUCAGCACCCCCAGGCACGCUUCCUUUGGAUAAACUCAGUGCUGUGUGGGUCAGCCCCUUCCCUCCAGCCUGCCCCGCAGCACCAGCCUGUUCGGAUGCUGGUUAGACGCAGGUCACUUUAGAGAGGUGCCAGGCAGAUGCCUUAAGACUGAGGGAAAGCCAAGACAAAGCCAAAAUAAUGCGGCUGGCUGCUUUAAUUUGCAGGAAGAGCCAGGCAGCAGCAGGCUGGUCCACAGGCGAAUCUUUCCUGCUGUAUCAAGCAUAAAUUAAUCAGGUAUUCCAUUUCCCGAGGGAAAAAAAAAAGAAAGAAAAAAAAUAAGCAGAAUAAUUCACUUAGAAAUAAAGACUAGAGCCAUUUUUCCCUUUGACAUGUUGAACGCAAUUACCUGAGGCAUGGGAGGCUGAGAUAACUCACUCAUUCAGCCCCCACUCUCCGCAGAGACUGUCAUCAUUCUGCCAGAAAAGGCUUUAAAAAACAAUUCACCUCCUGAAUGCUGAAACGCUGCCAUGUACCAAACCUGUCCUGACGAUUUCCACACACCAGCUGCAACACCACAAGCAAAAUGCUCCCUUCGACGGGGCAGUGUUAUUCUCAGGGCCAUAUACACCAUGCAAGCUCCCUGUGUUUGCUGUCCCUUUUCCCAGCACUGUUGGUGUCCCCUCCUUUAGGAGCAAAGCUCACUGACAUCCUAUUUGGAAAGCUCAAUUAAUUGCAACCGUAAGCCUGUGCUUGCCCCCAAAUAUAAUCACAUUUAGGCUGCACCCUCCACUCCCACCCCCUUGGCCAUUAUCUAAUAGGCAGUGGAGUAAUGGCUUUGGGUAAUGCUGUUUGAAUGGCAGGCAUCCAGUUCUGGCCUGGUUUAUUAUUUUUUUUAUGGUGGGGGGAGUGUAGUUGGGCGGGGGUAGUUUGUCUGCAAUCCCUGUUUUGCUUCUGGAGCUUUAGAGGACAGACAUAUUCUUCCAUCUCCACUAAUCCCCCUCUGAUACUGAGGAUUUUCCUGCCAUUAAAUGAUAGCUUGCGAGAAAAAAAAAAGCCAACUUUCCUGAGGCAGACCCGUGCGGCUAAUGGCAGCCUUGUGAGCAGGAGGGAGGACACAGCCACUGCCUGGCCAGGUAGGAGCACACCCUUGGCACAGCUGGCGGGCAGGAUGUGGACCAGCUCGUGAAAAAGAUCAGCAAAAAGCUGCAGGAAUCGCUCAGAAGCCAGGUGGUGGAAGGAAGGCGGGCGCGGAUUGCUGGGGACCGCAUCGGUUCAAAACCGUGUGCGAGAGGAUCCUCUUUCUAAGCAUAGACCUUGCCGUGGGACAAUGAUGCAGGCAAACGACAGAGGCUGAAACCUGCCUCAGCUCUUCCCAUGUGCUUUUAGAUCCCUCACGUUUGCCUGCCAGACCUGAAAUGCCACUAGUGAAUAAUCAAGUGAUCCUCUGGGUGCCCCGUGCCCACGCGGUGUGGGCCUGCGUGCGGGCCUGCCCGGCCAGCUGUGUGUGCACCCAGGAGCGGAGCUGCUCCGUCCUCUGUGACCGUGCUGGGCUGGGGCAGAUCCCCAGCGAGUUCCCUUGCGAAGCCUCCUCCAUCAACCUGGAUAAAAACAGCAUCAAGUUCCUCGCCGAGAGGGCCUUCGGGACAUUGCCUUCCCUCAAGUCGCUGUCCCUCAACCACAACAACAUCUCCUUCAUCACCCCGGGGGCUUUCAAGGGGCUGCCCAGCCUGACGGAGCUGAAGAUGGCCCACAACGAGUACAUCCGCUACCUCCACACGCGGACUUUCACCGCCCUCAGGAGGCUGGUCAAGCUGGACCUGGCGGACUGCAACCUCUUCAACAUCCCGGACAGGAUCUUCAUCGAGCUGCCCGCCCUGCAGGAGCUCCUCUGCUUCCAGAACAACUUCCGAAGGAUCCCGGGUGCCAUCAGGGGCAUGGAGAACCUGACCCACGUCUACCUGGAGAGAAACAGGAUCGAGGCGGUAGCCUACAACUCCCUGCAGGGCCUGAUCAAGCUGAAAUACCUGAACCUGCAGGACAACAGGAUAAAUGUCAUCCACGAGCGAGCUUUUCAGGGCUGCCGGAAGAUGGAGUACCUGUACCUGAAUGACAACCUGAUCAGUGAGCUUCCAGAAAACUCCUUUGACGGCCUGAGGUGCCUGAAAAUGCUCAACCUGGGGGGGAAUUUCCUCAGGAACGUUUCCAACACCUGGUUCCGGGACCUGGUGGAGCUGGAGGUCCUGUACCUGGACCGCAACAGGAUCAACUACAUCGAGGAGGGGGCUUUCGAGAACCUCACCAGCCUGGUCUCCUUGCACCUGAACAGCAACAACCUGACGACCCUGCCCUUUUCUGUCUUCCAGCCCGUGUACUUCUUGGGGCGGCUGUACCUCUUCCGCAACCCCUGGGAGUGCGACUGCCGCAUCGAGUGGCUGAAGGAGUGGAUGGAGAGCUACGGGCUCGUCAGGGACAUCCCCUGUGCCUCCCCGUCCUCGGUAGCUGGGAUGGACCUGAUGGACGUGCUCUACGACAGAUCGCCAGAAGGGUACUGCCUCGACCCGGUGGAGCUAAAUGUCACCUCCGACAGCCCGACCCCAAGCGGAGAGCCUUUCUCCACCACGGAGAGCAAGUUCAACAGCCUUAUCUCUAAACUCUUGCUCCAGAUGGGCCUUCCUGAAGAGGUGUCAAACACCACCGAGGUCUUCAGUAACGCCACACAGCUGGAUGGGCUGGCUGAUGGGGCUUCUGCUGGGGCAGGGGAAGGUGGCCGCAAAGCCGCCUCCUUCUCUUUUCAGCUCCCAGCACUUCUUGCAGUGGUUGUUUUCCAGAGCAAGUAGUCCAAGGGCUGCCUGGAGCAUGGGUCCUGCUUAAGCAUUUAGUCCCUGUCCCUGCCUAGCCCUGGGCACCACCUGGGGCUGCUACGCCAGCUCUUGCAAAAAGGAGAACGGCACCUGGGGAGGGUCUGGGGGAAAGACGGCGUGUUGGCUGAGACCUCAGAUGGGGUUUUUAUCCUUUCUCCCCCUGCUACCCUGGCACAUCUGCAGGAAAACCAGAGAGACACGUUUUCAUCAAAAGUCUCAGAGGAAAAGCUAUUUCAACACAGUGGCGUACUCAUUAAUGACUGUUUCAAAUGUGUUCUUCUUUAUCAACAAAUUUAUUGUUUCAAGGAGUAUAUUGUUUUUAUUCAUAGGUUAUUUCAUGGCCUGACAACUGGAGCAGAAUGCAGCCAGGCUGUAGGAAAUAUUUUACAUUUCUACCACCAGUGUAUAUCACAUGGCAUGUCAUAUUACACAAUGCUAACCAACCAUGCUGUCAUUUUCUUUUAUAUGACAUCUUACAUGCUUUGUCAUUGAAAUCUUUAAUGAAAGCUGCUACUCUGACCACAAGGAUUUAUAUUUUCUGUAUUAGAGCACAUGAACAAAACAAUUUGAUAUUUUUCUCUCAAAAAUAAAUUAGUUGCUCAAAAAGGUUUUAUUCUGACAUCCUUGAAUUACUCCAGAAUUCUUUUUGAAGGCUCAGUGGGUACACACAAAUGCCCCUUUAAUAGUCUAGAGCAAAUGGCAAGGUGUUUAUUGCAGCCCAAAGAACAGAAAUGUUGACUUAGAAAGUGGCAGUGCUUACAUCUGUGUUAAGUAGCAAUGCUUUAAAAACAAAGAGACUAUAUAAAAUACACCUGUGUGAUAUUUUAAUUAAUUAAAUCCUUAUAUGUGGCUUACCAUGCUGUGGUGUACAUGUUCAUAUGAAAUUAUAUGACAUAUACAAUCCUUUAUUACUGCUAAAAUGUCAUGAAAUGAGAAUAAAACUGGAAAUGAAUUAAAA